AGUGUUGCUGUGUGUGCCAUUAAAAGAAAAUAAGGCAUCCCGGUUGUGCGCUGAUAUUUAAAAAUCGUUGAAAUAAUCUCGUUGUGCUGUAUUCCAAUUCGCACUCCUCUGCCAUAAGAUGAUGCGCGCGCAUAUUUUCGUUGUAAUUUAUGGCUUGUUUAUAGCAAAAUACGCAUUUGCAGCCCCCGCUACCAAUACGAACGCGGAGGAUAUAAAUGCGCUUUAUGUGCAACAACUUCUGAGCAAUCUUAAUACCAGCGUUGAUCCUUGUGAGGAUUUUUAUGCAUACGCCUGUGGUAACUGGGCGCAAAACUAUGACGCUGCCGCGUAUGUUGAUGUGCCCGGUUAUAUGGACCAUAAAGUGAAUAAACAACUGUUGAGCGCGUUGUUGGCGGCCAAGGCGAAACUAACUGAAAAUGGUGUGAUACAACAAGCCUGGCGCUACUAUGAGUCGUGUGUGAAUCUUGAGGCGCCCGCACUAAAUUCAUUCCUGCGCUAUGUGCAACAGGCAUUGCAUUUGGAGUGGCCCAUAUUUCGCGCUGAUUGGCAGCAGCCUUGGCGGAAUGAAACACAAUUUGAUUGGUUGAGGGUAAUUGGCGGCUUGCGCGCUUAUGCACUGAAUGGCGUAUUUAUUACACAACAUGUAAAUGUGCGUCUCACCAACGGUUCACAUUAUCUGUUGGAGUUACAUGCGCAACAACCAAUAACUGCGGUGACGUGGUCACUUGCCUUGCGCUACAAGGAUAUUGAAGACAUAUUUAUUAAUUUUGGUUUGACACUGGAGGAGGCGCAUAAUGUGAGCACCGCUGUUAUUGCGUUGGAGCAGGCUAUGGAUAACGCAUCCGGUGCUUUUGCACUACUAAAUGCGAACACUUUAAAUGCAAGCGAUACAAAUGUGACGCGCGCAAACUUGACGAGCUUCGAGAUGAAUAUCGCGGAUUUAACGGAGUUAGUGCCGCAAAUUGAUUGGCGGAAGUACUUGGAAAAUGCGCUCGGCCAGGUAGUGGACUUAGAGAGAACUUUGGUGCAAACAUACUCCUACGAUUUGACCUACUUCCGCCAAUUGCCAGCUCUGCUUGCCGCGCACUCAAAUGAAACUAUUGCCUACUACAUAAUGCUGAAAUUUAUGUAUCAAUUAAGUGCCGAUUUGCCUGCCGUUGUGCCCGGAGCGGAUAAGUCAAACCACUGCGUGCGCCUGUUACGCGGUUAUAUGCCACUAGCAGCUAAUUACUUGUACGAAGAAUAUUACUAUAAACAGCGACGCGUGGCUAGUGACGCAGCGCUGCAGCGCAUGUUCAACAAAUUACGUGGCAACUUCGCGCAAAUAGUCGCCGUCAAUACUAUGCAGCUGAACUCCACCGCACGCGCUUACAUACGCGACGAGCUGGCCGGCAUGCAGCUACGCGUAGGCAAUGUGCCGCAUGCGGCGCAGAAUUUGACACGUUUUGUUGAAGAAUACUAUGCGGAUGUACGCAUGAACGGCAGCGACUUUUAUGUCAACCAUAUACAGCUGAUACGCAGCAAUGUGCGCCGUUCGCAGGCGAAGCUGUUAAAUUUACCACGCGCGUCAAAUGCGUCGCAGCAGUUGAUUUACGAGCACGAUUUCGAAACUGCGAGUUCCUCAUCGCCGGUGAAAAUCUUCGAUAAUGUUGUGCUUGUGCCAUACGGCUACCUGCAGCUGCCGCUGUACGAUCACCGCCUGGACGCGCUGUUGCAGUAUUCGCUUUUCGGUUUCAUACUCGCGCAUGAGAUAAUGCACGCUUACGAUCUGUUUCACAUCAUUUACGAUCAACACGGCAACUUCAAUGCGUUGGGCUUGGACGUUGCUGAGCAUUAUUGGGAUUUCAUCAACUGUACGCGCCAGACGCAGCUGAAUGAUGUGCUUUCCGAGAAUAUGGCCGAUGUAGCUGGUUUGCGCCUGGCAUACCAAACGUAUUUCGGCGUGGCCGAGAGUAGCGCUGUUGCAAAAGAAUCAAACAACAUUACUAAAGUUGAUGUUGCAAAAGAAUCAAACAACAUUACUAAAGUUGAUGUUGAACUGCUUGCCAUGGAUAAUAAUGAAAUCACUGAUAAUUUCACAAACACCUCACCAUCGGCAGCCUCAUCCCCAUUACAGCCGCUUGGCAAUUUCACUCGUCCUCAACUGUUCUUCAUCAACUCUGUGCAAUUUUUGUGCGCCAACAUGCCGCGCAUUCAGGCGCUGGACGUACAAGCGGUGCACCUCGGCCAUGACAUGCAUGAUGUGCGCGUUCGACGUAAUUGGGCGAAUUUAGAGCAUUUUGCGGUCGCAUUUCAGUGUGCACGCGACACACCGAUGAAUCCGAGCCAGAAAUGUCGGUGGUGGUGAGCAGGUGAGGGGCCUGUGCGCUUGUUGUCCAUAAUGUGGUGAUGGCGCCGUUCAUAAGCGGAUUACAAUUUUCUAAUUCUAAUAUGUAUGUAUGUGUAUGUACUUUAAUGUUUGUUUGCAUCUCUUUGCGAAAAAAUAACGAAUUAUGUUAAUGGUAAAAGUGUAGCUUAUUUGCGUUAAAGUUCUCGCAUUUGGCGCGCUCGAAGUAGAAACAUUUUUCGCUUACAAAUAAACACAUAAAUAGUUUAUGAAUUAUAAUUUCCACCCUUGACCGCCUUUAUGUAUGCAGCGAAUUUUUGCGUCGUGUCUGAAAGCUGUUUAAGCAUUCGUAAAGUUAGUUUGCGGUACUUGCCUUUUGUGUUGGUUAAAUGUAUUCCCAGUUGUGAAUUGUAAUUUUGAAAUUA